AUGAAUGAGAAAAUUCCAUCAACGUUCAAGAGACGACACGCUGUGGAACUCGGCAUUGUGAAAGACGAGAGAUUUUCCAAAAAGGGCUUCGUCGUCGCUCUGUCGCCCUUAAUUUUCAAUAACGGAAAAAAAUUGGAACACAUGAAGAAUGUAGCUGAAAAUUGCGACAAAGAGGUCAACAAUUGUCAGUUGGGAAAUGAAAUAACGGCGUGCGUUUACAAAUACGCCCCGGAACUGCACUUCAAGAGCUGA